AUGCCUGGAACUGGGUCAUCGCUUGGUGAACUUGUUGGAUGCGCAAAUGCGCAAGCACCUUCUUUGUUCACGCCGCUCAAGAUCAAGUCCCUUACGGUUCCCAACCGCAUCGGAGUGUCGCCCAUGUGCAUGAACUCCGCGGUGGAUUCCAAGCCGACCAAUUUCCACCAGGUGCACUACGGGGCACUAGCUUUGCGCGGACCCGGGUUGAUUAUCGUCGAGUGCUCCGCGGUGUCCCCAGAUGGAAUCAAUUCCUCGCGGGACUUGGGGCUUUGGGACGAGAUGACUGCGAAACACCACUACAGCAGUAUAGUCGAGUUUGCCCACCAGCACAGGGGGGUCAUUGGCUGCCAAUUGGGAAGUUUUAAGUCACCGCCAAUUGACCACUGGUCCUCAGAGGACAUUCGUGCAAGCGUCGACGACUGGGCGAAGAGCAGCAAGCUCGCCGUAGAAGUGGCACGUUACGAUUUCGUAGAGAUUCAGGGCAGCUACGGGUCCCCCGCUCAAAACUUUCUGUUCUCCGCAACUAACCAUCGGCAAGACUGCUAUGGGGGUCCACCGUCAAACAGAAUGCGGUACCUGCUGGACUUGGCCCGCUCUGUGAAGGCGAAUGUCGAUCGCCAGGUGCCCAUCUUCAUGAGAUUAACCGACUGUGAGAAAUCGGAGGAAGAAGGCGCUUGGACGCAACGCGACACCAUCGACCUGUGUUUGGUGCUAGCACAGCUCGGAAUAGACGUAGUGGAUAUCGUUUUCACUUACAAACGGGACCUCAAAUUAGAGGGCUACCUACCAAGAAAACAGUUCUUACAAGAGCUCAGGCAUAGACUCGAUGGGAGGGGUCUCAAAUUGAAUCUCGCAUCACCAACGAGAGUUAACGAUGGCCUAGAUGCAGAAAAUACAAUAAAGGACAGUGGACUGGACUUGAUUCUCAUAGGGAAGAAGUUUUUGAAGGAUCCUACCUUAGUGUCCGCUUUCGCAUCUGAUUUGGAAGUUGAAAUUUCACAACCUGUUCAGUACCACUGGGGGCUUUAA